AUGCCGUCGGUAGAGGGCGACGGGGAGUCGAGGCUGCUGCUCGUCUCGAACCGGCUGCCCAUCACCAUCUCUCGCUCGAGCCAGGGGAAGUACGAGUCCUCGAUGUCCUCCGGCGGUCUCGUGAGUGGGUUGAGCGGCCUGUCCAAGACGACGAAGUUUCAGUGGUAUGGGUGGCCGGGCCUGGAGGUGCCGUUCGACGAGGUUGAUGUGUUCAAGAAGAAGCUAAAGGAGGACUACAACGCCGUGCCGGUCUUUAUCGACAACGAGCUCGCGGAUAGGCACUACAACGGCUUCUCCAAUGGGACGUCAGACUCGAUACUGUGGCCCCUUUUCCACUAUCAUCCGGGCGAUAUCACCUUCGACGAGUCUGCGUGGGAGGCAUAUCAGGAAGCAAACCGGCUAUUCGCCCAGGCAAUCGCAAGGGACGUCAAGGACGGUGACCUCGUAUGGGUUCACGACUACCAUCUGAUGCUGCUGCCUGCCAUGCUCCGUGAGGAGAUCGGAGACAGCAAGAAGAACGUGAAGAUCGGCUUCUUCCUACACACGCCGUUCCCCAGCAGCGAGAUAUAUAGAAUCUUGCCUGUCCGGAACGAACUCCUGCUCGGCGUCCUCCACUGCGACCUCAUAGGCUUCCACACAUACGACUACGCCCGGCAUUUCCUCAGCAGCUGCUCGCGAAUCCUGAGUCUGCCCACCACUCCGAACGGGGUCGAGUUUCUCGGCAAGAUCGUAACGGUCGGGGCAUUCCCAAUCGGCAUCGAUCCCGACAAGUUCACAGAGGGGCUGAAGAGAGAAAAGGUACAGAAACGAAUCACAGCCCUGCAGCAGAAGUUUCAGGGUGUCAAGUUGAUGGUAGGCGUGGAUCGGCUGGAUUACAUCAAGGGCGUGCCUCAAAAGCUGCACGCCUUUGAGGUCUUCCUAACAGACCACCCGGAAUGGAUCGGUAAGGUGGUACUGGUCCAGGUGGCAGUUCCGAGUAGACAGGAUGUUGAAGAGUACCAGAACCUGAGAGCUGUUGUAAAUGAGCUUGUAGGACGGAUAAAUGGGAGAUUUGGAACUGUUGAGUUUAUGCCAAUACAUUUCCUGCAUAAAUCGGUCAACUUCGACGAGCUUAUUGCCCUAUAUGCCGUCUCAGAUGAGCUGGCUGCUGCUUACAAAGAAGCCGUCACCAUGAGCCCAGAGAAGCGGAAACUCAAUUAUACGAAGUUGGAAAGAUAUAUCAAUAAAUACACCAGUGCAUUCUGGGGUCACUCCUUUGUGUCGGAACUGACUAGGCUCCCCAACUGCGCCGAGAAGAAGGUUCAUUUCUCGCAGGCCACGAUGGAAGAUAACAAAGUUAUCCGGAUGAUUCCGCACACAGAGCUGCAGUGA